GCGAAUGGGAGAGGUGAAUGCUGAUGCCUAAUGUCGCCGCGUCGAAGUCCACUUACUUUUCGGGCGCUUGAUGAAAACUGUGUUUGCUGAUUUCAAGGGAAUUGAAUGUAGGUGAGCCGCCUCAUCCGUGCUCUCCGUGACUCCCUUUCCAACUCUUAUCGCACGGACGGCCACUGACUGCGGUCAGUGACAGCCCCGCGAUACGACAGCUAUGCCUGUCCCCGCCAGAUACCUCAGCAACAUCCCUAUGGCCUUUGCGUCCUCGGCCUCGCUUAUCCCCCCUCCCCCGAUCAACACCCACCAGCCCGGCGUCGUUACUUCCCUUCUUUACAGCGGCUCCAAGUUCCGAGGGCACCAGAAGAGCAAGGGGAACUCGUAUGACGUGGAGGUGGUUUUACAGCAUGUUACUAUGGAGGAUUCCUACUUGUGUGGGUAUCUGAAGAUCAAAGGACUUACAGAGGAGUACCCUACACUAACAACGUUCUUCGCUGGUGAGAUCAUCAGCAGGAAGCGCCCGUUCCUGACCAGGAAGUGGGAUGCAGAUGAGGAUGUGGAUCGUAAGCACUGGGGCAAGUUCCAGGCCUUUUACCAGUACGCUAAGACCUUCAACUCUGAUGACUUUGACUACGAGGAGCUAAAGAACUCAGACUACAUCUUCAUGAGGUGGAAGGAACAGUUCCUGGUUCCAGACCACACCAUCAAGGACAUCAGUGGAGCUUCCUUCGCUGGCUUCUACUACAUCUGCUUCCAGAAGUCCACCGCCACCAUCGAGGGCUACUACUACCACCGCAGCUCUGAAUGGUACCAGUCUCUGAACCUGACCCAUGUUCCAGAACACAGCGCUGCCAUCUACGAGUUCCGCAUGGGCAACGUGACACAUCCAUUUGUGACGCGGAUGUACCGCUGUGUGGCGCCCUACGAGACCAAAGACACCAUGAACCGGGCCUUUCCGGUGGCCCUGGGAGAGAGGCUCGACGUGCAGAUUAAAGACCCCGCAGGCUGGUGGCUGGUUGAGAAUGAGGAUAAGAAGCUGGCCUGGUUUCCAGCCCCUUACCUGGAGUUGUGUGACGAAGAGGAGGAGGAAGAUGAGGAGGAUGGAAUUCCACUUGGAGACAAGCUGUUCUGUGCGGUGAGGACCUACUCUACGAAGCAACAUGACGAGAUCUCCGUUCCUAUUGGCUCUGUGGUGGAGGUCCUGAGGCAGUCAGACGACGGCUGGUGGCUCUCCAGAUACAAUGGCAGAGUCGGCUAUGUUCCCUCCAUGUACCUGCAGCCCUACCAAAACCCCCGCGCCGGCCUGCACUCCUUCCAGAGAAAGCUGCAUAGUUCCUCCCUCAACCUGGCAACCCAGUCAGUGGUCAGCAUAUCUGGCAACCGUAACCUUCCUAACCUGCAGGAGAGCAGCCUGGAGAAGCCUUCCUCUGCCCAGCGAACCAAAUGGCUCCAGAAGGCGAGGUCUUUGGAUGACCUGUCUGACACCUGGCCCAGCCCGGCCCCCACAGAGAGGGAGGAGUUGGGCUCCGAGAGCCGGAAAAGCAGCCUCGAUGCUUCCAGCACAGGGUCUGAAUUCAGCUUCUCCUCUGGGAGCUCCUCAGGUAGUGAGUCCUCCACCCCCCCCUUCUCCCCCACUGGAGCCGAGCAUCAGACUCACCCAGGCAGCCCCUCAUCUUCACCCCCCCUGCCUGGGCGGAGCAGCGACGGUCAGAGUAGCACUGACGUCAGUCUACCAGCCCUGAGCCUCAGCAGCAGCCCCAGUAAGAUGUCUUGCCCCAGGGUGCCCCCCCGGCCCCAGCCCCACGAGAUUCUGACCCGCUGUACCACCAUGACCCGCAAGGCUGCCCUGGCCUCCAGAGCCAGACUCCUGCCCCAGCCGUCAGACCUCGUCCUGACCUGCUAGAGAGGGAGGAAAGGGGGGGGGGGGGGGCAGAUGGGAGGCCAGGUUAGAGACAGAUAAAGAAAAGGAUGGAGAUUUGGAUGGAGAAAGGGUGUUGAUGGAGUUUAAGGGUAACUUGUUGAACGUGACUGCAAUCCGACAGAUUUUCUAUCUAAAUUGCAUCUACAACUGUAUGUUGAAUGGGCCUUGUGUUCAAGCCUGUCUGCACUUUAGUACUGCAACGGGAAGGAGUAAGAGGGUCAAUUGUUCAGAUAAAUCAAGAUAGUCGUUUAUUCACAUAUGUGACAUGUUAGGGUGAUUUAAUGUUACAUUCAAACACAAAUACAUUUUCAUUUUCAGUGGGAUACUAAUUCAAAUGGCCUAUGAGCAUGAAUGGAGUAUGUUUAUGUUAACACAGAAAAAUUCUACUUAGAAAAUGUACACUGUAGAUACGUUUGAUAGGUUUCUUUCACUGAUGUCUAAAGUUUGUUAUUCCAUAGUGGAACACUACUGUAACCAUUUAUUAAUGAAGGGAAUAUGGCAGUUCAUUGUAAAUACUGUACAAACCCAUGUAUAUGCACCUUUUAUAAUGUUGAA